GGCGCCGUUAAUUGACGAACCACAUCAACCCCCCUCAACGCCAACAUCACCCUCACAUCACCAUGUUCGGCGCCUUCAGACCGACAAACGCCCUAUUCGGCGGUCUUUUAUGGAAGACGCCCUGGCGGCUCUCGCGAUUCCAAAAGGCUCGGCAGAGGCAGCGUCUACGGGCCGUCGAUGCUGUCGUGGCAACGGUAGACCAGGCGCUGGCGAAGAAGGGCGAGACGUUGAAGGCCCUCGACACAUGGAAGGAGACGAUGCCCACUGAGGGAGAGAUGCUGCCCAAGGACAAAUACACCAUGUUCGACCGGAAAGAGAAGCGAUAUAGGAAGGGAAUACAUAAAUUACCGAAAUGGACGAGAGUUUCACAGCGAGUGAACCCGCCGGGUUACUAGACGAUUGAGGGGAUAUGUUUUGGGCUGGGGAGAGCAAUGAUUGAAUUGAUACGGCUUCUACGAUGUGGACCGAGAUAUAUACAUUAUGGAUUACCACGAUACAGGGCUUGAGGAUACUGACUUGUCGAUCGGUGAAUCCAUGUGUACAAUACUGUACAAAUUUGCGGCAAUAUAAACGCAACGAGAAAGAUAUGGCGCGAGCAGCGCGGCUUGCAUGUAACACUCAAUACAAAAAAAGAAAAAAAAUUGAAAUCCAUUACAGAGCAUUUCUCGUCUGUACCAGUGAUCUCGAU